AUGGCCGACAGCCGGAUAGUCACCGGGGAGUUGUUUGCGAUGGGCCGGUGUCCGAAUUGGAAGCCGACACCGCCUAGGGACCGCAGCACCAGAUGCGACCAGUCAAAGGAUGAGCUCGCCACUGAGCUGUCGCAAUCAUACCCAGCAGCAAAGUGUGCCUGCAUACAAAUCGUCUUUGCCGGUACGCCACAAUACCAAUGCCAUUGUGGGGAGAGCGGUAAUUGUCACGGUUCCGACGACUACCACCACUACCACGACAACAACUACCACAACGACCACGACGACGACAACCACUACCACGACGACCGAGCUCACGCCACCCCCAGAGACAACGACUAUCAACACGACACCGGCUUAUAUCACGACCGAAACCCCGGAAAUGGUCAAUGUCACUGUAUCAUGAUUACCAUCACUGGUCCGGCCUCCGCACAAUAUCAGUGCAGCUGCUUGUCAACCCCAGCAACCCCCCGUAUGUAUCGACAAGCUGCUGAACCGCCGAUGACUACACAAGCUGCAAUCACUUACCCGCCGCAGACGGCCAUCCCGGAUACCUUACCACCGGCCACGCAACCCAGCACGCCUCUAACCCUCGACCAUACAGACCACGCAGCCACCUACUACUGCUGCCCCGACCCCUGCCCAAGAUGUAAUCACUACGGCGCCCGCAUAUCCUCCUCACGACAACAUGUGUUAUGUAUCGACUGGCGUUCAGUCAUCCCCGUGCACAUGUAUGCCAGAAUACGACCCAUGUGCACCGAAUAUCUGCUGUCUCAAGGCCAAAUUCAGGUCGCUGAAGCACAGCAAAUUGGCCGCCUCGCUGCCAAUCCACCCCCCAACAGCCUCGCAAGAAGACCAGUCAUCCACCAUCGACGUAGU